GAUGCCCAUUUGGGCAAUGGGAACAGGGUGCAGGGGAGCUCUGGAGGAGACCAGGACCACGCAGCAUCACCACUGCUGGGAGUGGGAGCUUUGAGCUUUUUGAUCUCCGGCCACAGCUUCCACAGCAAGCACUGCCGGGCCUCCCAGUACAAGCUCCGCAAGUCGUCCCACCUAAAGAAGCUCAACCGGUACUCGGACGGGCUGCUGCGCUUCGGCUUCUCGCAGGACUCCAGCCACAAGUCCAGCUCCAAGAGCAGCAAGAAUGAGGACUUCUUUUACAUCAAGGUCAGCCAGAAAUCGCACGGCACCCACCGAGCGGACUAUACCUCGCUGGCUGGCGGUGAGCUGGUCAGCCAAGCCGGGACGAGGGGCCUGGAUUUUGGGACGCCCACGCCGCAGAAGCUGAUGCCCUUUCCCAGUCAGCUGGAAGUGGGCGCAGAGAAGCCGGCCCCACGUCCGACCGCCUUCAAACCAGUGCUGCCGCGGUCCAGCGCCAUCCUCCGCUCCUCCCCAGAGAACGGGGGCCACCUCUCCCAGCAGCUGCACCCCUCGGACAAGGGCAAGGAGCAGGGGCUGAAGCCGGUGCUGUACUCGGGGGGGCUGUCGGACUCCGGCAGGAACUCCAUGUCCAGCCUCCCCACCCACAGCACCAGCAGCAGUUACCAGCUCGAGCCCCUCGUCACACCCAUGGGACCCAUCAGCCGCUUCGGGGGCUCGGCCCACAACAUCCUGCAGUGCGCCAUCAUCCAGGACAGCAACAUGAUGAGCCUGAAGGCCAUGUCCUUCUCCGACGGCGGCAACAAGAUCCUCAACCCCGGCAAAGCCCCCCACCGCCACGCCGCCGAAAAGGCCACGUGCAUCCGCUCGCCCAUCUCCACAGAUGAGUCCACCAUCCAGGAGCUGGAGCAGAAGCUGCUGGAGAGGGAGGGGGAGCUGCAGGAGCUGCAGUCGAGCUUCGAGGAGAAGGAAGUCAGCUCCUGCCAGGUUUAUGAAGAGAAGCAGCGGCGCUGCAAGGAGGAGCUGGAGGGCCUGAAGCAGAAAUGCAACAGCAAGCUGAAGCAAACGUCGCAGAAAACCCAGCGGACGCAGCAGGUCCUUCACCUCCAGGUGUUCCAGCUGCAGCAGGAGAAGAAGCAGCUCCGGGAGGAGCUGGAGAACCUCAUGAAAGAGCAAAAUCUGCUGGAGACCAAGCUGCGGUCCUACGAGAAGGAGAAGACCAGCUUCGCCCCGGCGCUGGAGGAGACCCAGUGGGAGGUGUGCCAGAAGUCAGGGGAGAUCUCCCUCCUGAAGCAGCAGCUGAAGGAGUCCCAGACAGAGCUCAACACCAAGACCACCGAGAUCCUCAGCCUGAAGGCUCAGCUGAAGGAGCUGCGGGUGAAGAUGGAAGGGCUGGAGAUGAAGACCCAGGACCUGGAGGGCUCCCUGCGCACCAAGGCCAUGGAGCUGGAGGUGUGCGAGAACGAGCUCCAGCGCAAGAAGAACGAGUCUGAGCUGCUGCGGGAGAAGGUGAACCUGCUGGAGCAGGAGAUCGUGGACCUGCGGACGGAGCUGGCCGUCCUCAAGGAGCAGCUGAGCGAGGCCCGGGAGGUGACCAGGCCCUGCGCCGGCACGGACGAUGCCCAAGCCCUGCAGGGAGAGGUGGAGAGGCUGCGGGCAGAGCUGAAGGUCGAGCGGGACAGCAAUGAACAAAUGACCUCCAGCUUCCAGCACGAGCGGCAGACGUGGAAGGAGGAGAAGGAGAAGGUGAUCCACUACCAGAAGCAGCUGCAGCAGAGCUACCUGCACAUGUACAAGAGGAACCAGAACCUGGAGAAGAUGCUCCAGCAGCUCGCCACGGGGGAAGACGGCAAAGAACCCAUCGAGCUGGACAUACCCGGCGCCGAUGUCCCCUACGAGGACAUCAUCGCCACCGAGAUCUGA